GUUACAUCCCGAGUGCGCUGGGCCAACCCUCCAGUCCCUCAAGGGCGGCUCCGACCCAACACAUUGGACCCAACCCUAUUCAGACAACUGUUGGAACUGGGCUGUGGAGGUCUAGGCCCCCUUCCGGUAUCCCCUUCAAGUGAAGAUCUAGACAAGCAAGCGGAGGUGCUCGUGCAAAUUAUACAGGACGCAUAUUGCGGUGCUGCAAAGCGCGCUCUGGGUGCUGGACAUGGCAAUCCAUGGUGGAACAAUUCAUGCAGAGAGGCUAGGAAGGGCUACAAGAUAGCUCUGCGGUCUUCUUCCAAUGACAGUAGUGUUUAUGAUGCCCAAAAGGCCUAUAGGAAAACAGUACAAAUAGCAAAAAACAAUUUUUUCAAGACCAAGUUGGAGAGGGCCCGCACGGCUAAGGAGAUAUUUGGAAUAACCAAGUGGCACAAAUCUGCGGGAACUUAUCGUUCACGCCCGCUUAAAGACUCCCGCUUCCCAGAACAACCUCCAGUCCAGAGUCUUGCCGGAAAAAUGGAGGUUCUUAUGCAAAAUCUACUCGCAAACCCCUCAGUAGUUGGUGACAUCCCUAUGGAUUCUCCAACAGUUUCUUCAAACUCACCGCCAUUCCCAUCUUCUACCGACGAGGAAAUCCGAGACUCUAUCCUACGUGCUGGCAACACCGCUCCUGGUGCAGACGGAAUACCAACGGCCAUUAUCCGACGCACGUGGCUUUUGAUUGAACAACAAGUACUCUCUCUGUUUAACGCGUGCCUUUCGAUUGGGCACCAUCCUGAAUGCUUCCGGAAGGCCAUUCUGAUGAUGAUACAAAAGCCGAACAAGAUAGACAACUCUUCGCCCCGAUCUUACCGCCCAAUUGCACUACUUUCUGUACUUGGCAAAGGAUUAGAGAGAUUUAUUGCAAAAAGAAUGGCUUGGACUGCCAUCCGGCAUAAAGUGGUAUCGAGCCAACAAUUCGGCGCUCUCCCAGGCAGAUCGGCUGUUGACCUAACUACCUGCCUUACCCAAGAUGCAGAGAAGGCACUUUACGAGGGUUCUACAGCCAGUAUGCUCACCUUAGAUGUCAAGGGAGCCUUCGACGCCGUAUAUCCGGGACGACUUGUCCACCGUCUACGAGAGCAAGGAUGGCCUGAAAACCUGGUGCGCUGGGUGUGA